CUUCCUCUUUCUUUGCAUUCGUUUUCUCUUCCUUUUCUUGACUGGGUUCAUUCUCUCUCUUUCUAUCUAAAAAAUGGGGUUUCUUUGAUCCUCUUUUUCCAGGUUUCUUCAUCGCCGCUCUCAGGAACAGAAGGAUCCGAGCUCUGCAUCAGAGUUGAUUCAUCCUUCAACUGUGAAUCUCCUAUGCUAUCAAGAAAGAGAUUUGAGUGUCCUGGAGUGGAUUUGGAGCUAUUUGGAAGAGGGAGGGAGGAUUCGAAGAACACCCAGAACCACAGGUUCUAUACUGAUUUCAUUAGAGUUUGGAGCAAUCAACUGGCAAAUUUGAGAGGGUCGGAGAGGAAUUGGAAGAGACUCAGAUCCCCA